CCCAAACGCCCAAACCAGGCCUGGGAAUUUCCCAGUUGCUUAACUUGCGUCCUACUUUGGCCCCGCCUUCUCCGCAUGUCCCGCCCAUAAUAAAAUUCGCGUUUUAUUAUGGCGAUCUUAUUGUGUAGGCAGCAUCAAGAUUUUUUAUGACCCCCUUCGUGUGUUAUGCGCUUUCUAUACAGCAGAACUUGGAUUAGCCGCGUAAAUUUACGCCUUUCCGUUCUUGGAAUCUUGGGAAUCAGGCAGCAUCACAUUUUGACGCUAAGUUUUGGUUUUAUGUGUAGUGAUGGGCCGAAAGAAGCAGUUUCCUCCGCGUCGUUCUGUAGGAGUUCACCGAAAGCUAGCUCCUUUGUCGGAAUUACGUGAUAGUACUCAUAAUAGUGAUGAUAGAGGCGAAAAAGACGACCUUGCUGAUCUUGAUGAACCAUAUUUUGUUGAGAUUGAUCGGUCUACAUGGUCCUCCGAUGAACAUAUGGAUAUAUCUGAAAUUGUCUUAACAGAUUUGAGGAUAAAUCAAGACUUUUAUAGUUAUAACUUAAGCGAAGAGCUUUACGAAAAAGAUUCACGGUAUUUUUUGAGGUUUAGAUUGAAUGGAGCAAACCAACAUCUUAGCAGAAUUAAAUUAGGGCAUUGGCCUAUUUUACCCGCCCCUAGUAUCGCUGUUGAAUUGGUGGCAAAACAUAUGAAAGAGGGCAGCGAAGAACAUCUAGUGAUGGUUUCUGGAAAUCUUGAUGGGCCCGAUGAAGGGGUUUCUGGGCUUGCACAUUUAGCUAGUUUGAAGUUCUUGACAUUGAGGCCAAUGAUAAUUAAAACAACCUUUUCGGGAGGGUUAUCAUCUGUGAGGAUUAGGGUGGAGAUAUUAAGAGCUGUAUUUGAUUCGUGUGAGUCGCUUCUUGAUAAUUCGAGACAACUCUGGAAGAAGAGUAUGAUUAGUCUCAUGGCUUGGCUACGCCCAGAAGUUACGACUUCAGAAUGUAGAUAUGGACAUAGCUUCACAGGGGACAUAAACGGGAAAUCAUCUUCUUCAAGGAAACAUGCCAGACUUGAUGUUGCUGGUUUCUAUGAAGCCAUUAAGCCAUCAAAGGAUGAACCUAUGUUGGAUGAUUAUCUGCCUAAUUUGGUUUCUGAGCUUAGACCAUAUCAGCGGCGUGCAGUUUAUUGGAUGGUAAAGCGGGAAAAAGGAACUCAUGAGGCUAGCAAAAUAAAUUGGUCCCCUCUUUGCAUGCCAUUGAGUUUAAUAGAAAAAUCUGCUGUGUUAUAUUACAAUCCAUUCAGUGGAAAUGUAUCCCUUCAUCCAGACUGCUCAUUCCCAUAUAUUUCUGGUGGGAUUCUAGCUGAUGAGAUGGGAUUGGGGAAAACUGUUGAGCUGCUUGCAUGUGUUUCCGCUCACCAGGCGACGUCAACAGGAACUGCCAGUUUGCUUAAUUCAACACAGAUUCACAGAGACGUGAGAAAAGACCUUAAAAGAUUGAAGCAUGAGAGGGUUGAGUGUAUAUGUGGUUCUGUUAGUGAAAGCAUCAGGUAUGAGGGGUUGUGGGUACAGUGUGAUGCUUGUGAUGCUUGGCAACAUGCAGACUGUGUUGGGUAUUCACCACAAAAUCACAGAAAACCUAAAAAAGAUUCUAAGCAAGAAAUGGAUAGAAAUGAUGAUUCAUCUGGAGAAUUGCAUAAACGUGCAAAAAGGAAACGCAAUGAACAAAUAGUUGAGACAGAUGAGGUUUAUUUCUGCAAAGUGUGCACAGAUCUAAUCCAAGCCACUGAAGCUCCUGUUGCAUCUGGUGCAACUCUUAUAGUGUGCCCUACUCCUAUUUUACCCCAGUGGCAUGCUGAAAUAAUUCGACAUGCAAAAGCUGGUUCAUUGAGAACAUUCAUAUAUGAUGGCAUUAAAACCACUACCUUCUCGGAGUCACCUUUGGUAGACAUAAAUGAGCUUCUCAAUUCAGAUAUUGUCUUGACAACAUAUGAUGUGCUCAAGGAGGACUUGUCACAUGAUUCUGACAGAUAUGAUGGCGAUCGUCGCUUCUUGAGAUUUGCAAAAAGGCAUCCUUCAACCCUCGUAUCUAAUUCCCAGUUAUUCCCACUCCUCUCACCAGGAUACUAUGGUGGAGGAUAUGUUUGGAUGAAGCUCAAAUGGUCGAGAGUAAUGCUUCUGCUGCAACUGAAAUGGCAUUAAGGCUACACACAGUUCAUCGGUGGUGCAUAACUGGUACCCCCAUACAAAAGAGACUUGGCGAUUUGUAUGGGCUUUUGAGAUUCCUGAAAGCAAGCCCGUUUGAUAUUUUAAGGUGGUGGGCUGAUGUAAUUUGUGAUCCAUAUGAGAGGGGUGAUGAAGGAGCCAUUGAAUUUACUCACAAUUUUUUUAAGCAUAUAAUGUGGAGAUCAUCAAAAGAGCAUGUUGCUGAAGAGUUACAACUUCCUCCUCAAGAAGAAUGCAUCUCUUGGCUUUCUCUUUCACCAAUUGAAAAACACUUCUACCAGAGGCAACAUGAAACUUGUGUGAAUGAUGCUCGUGUACUUAUUGAAGAUUUUAAGAAUAAUAUGAAGAAGAAACUACAAGGUACUGAGCCGCCUGCAGAUACUUUAUGUGGUGUUGCUAUCACAAAUAUGGAGGCUGCAAAGCUAUUCAACUCACUUUUGAAACUCCGACAAGCGUGUUGUCAUCCACAGGUUGGGAGUUCAGGGCUGCGCUCUCUACAGCAGUCUCCAAUGACCAUGGAAGAGAUCCUGUCGGUUCUUGUAAGUAAGACAAAGGUCGAAGGAGAAGAAGAGCUUCGGAAACUAGUUGUUUCCUUAAAUGGCCUUGCUGGUAUAGCUAUCAUUGAGAAGGAUAUUCCUCAAGCUAUAUCAUUGUACAAAGAAGCAUUGGCUGUAACUGAAGACCACUCUGAAGAUUUCCACUUGGACCCUCUGUUAAACAUUCAUAUUAAUCAUAAUCUUGCUGAGGUACUACCCCAAAUUGCUGAUGAGUUCAUGACUGAAGGGGUUGAAGAUCACUUCCGGAAUUCAUUGCAGAGUGAGACAAAAAAAAGAGAAGUUUCAAAUCUGACAAUUAAGGAUUCAUCCAAUUCAUACAUAGAAACUGAGAGGCAACAUCUAAAAGCAUCUUGUGAAAUUUAUAAGCAAAAAUAUUUGUCUGUGUUCAGUUCAAAGUUAUGCAUUGCUCAACAAGAAUUCAGGAAGUCAUACGAACAGGUUCGCAAUGCACUUCUGGAUAAAGAAGAUCAGCAUACGACGUGGUGGUUAGAAGCCCUACACCAUAUUGAGAAAAACAAGGACUUGUCAGUUGAGUUUAUUCGCAAAACAGGAGAAGCUGUUUCUGGGACACUAAUCACUUCUGGGGCAUCAAAGAUUGCCUCUUGCUUCCGCAGCAUAACAGCUCUGAAGUAUUUCAUUCAGACUGGCCUAGACUCAUUAGAAGACUCAAGGAGAACUUUACUUGAUAGACUUUUGGAUAUUGAUCAAACGAUGGGCAAUCCCAGGACGGAGGACAUAGAGCGUGUGCGAUAUUGUCCUAAGUGCUAUGCUAAUUGUGAAGGCCCCUUGUGUAUUCACUGUGAACUUGAUGACUUAUUCCAGGCGUAUGAAGCUAGACUAUUUCGGCUUAAUAAAGGGAAAGAUGGAGAUGCCAUUACAUCUGCUGUGGAGGCUGUUAACCUGCAGAAGAAGAUGUAUGCCCUAAAUCGGUUUUAUUCAACAAUGUCACAAUCUAAUAAGAAUGAGACUGUGCUGGUUCCUGAACCCAAAGGUGACAGAAAAAAAAGAGACAAAGGAGAGAGAGUACUAGUUUCAAAAUCUCCGUCUGAUCUGGAGGUGGUGCUGGGCAUUAUAAAGAGCAACUCCAGGGGACUGCUAGAUAGAGAUAGCAUGUCAGCAGCUGCGAAGCAGCUUCUUCUCCUUGAGGGUAUGCGCAAGGAGUAUCCACAAGCUAGGUCUCUUGCAAUUGCUCAAGCUCAAGUUCUCCGUGCUCAUGAUGAAAUUAAAAUGGCAACUUCUAGACUCCGUUUACGCGAAGAUGAGAAUGAUAGAUCGAUUGAUGCACUGGGCCUAGGAGAAUUAGUUGCAGCAAAUGCUCAGUUUACAAGUGAAAAGUUUUUGGCUUUGUCUUCCUUAUCUAGAGUAAAAGGACAGCUCCGCUAUUUGAAGGGUCUGGUGCAAUCUAAACAAAUUCAACUGGUUGAAAGUACUAAUAACAGAACAUCAAUCCAAGCAACACUGACAUCCAGAACAUCUGAAGAAAAACAAAAUGGGAGCUUCAUGAAAAAUGAGGAAUCAUGUCCAGUUUGUCAGGAGAAACUUGAUAGCCAAAAGAUGGUUUUCCAAUGUGGCCAUGUCAUUUGCUGUAAAUGUUUGUUUGCAUUGACUGAAAAGAGAUUAGGGCACUCGGGGAAACCCUCUACUAGCUGGAUCAUGUGCCCAACAUGUAGGCGACCUACGGAUUAUAGAAAUAUUGCUUAUGCCGUUGAUAAUAAAUCAGAUGAAACCCCCUUUGGUACCUGUGGAAAUUCUGAAGCUUCUAUUGCUGUUCAUGGAUCAUAUAGUACAAAGGUCGAAGCCGUUGUGAGAAGAAUUUUAUGGAUAAACUCAAAAAAUCCUGCUGCAAAGGUUCUUGUUUUUAGUAGUUGGAAUGAUGUUCUUGAUGUCCUGGAACAUGCCUUUGCUGCAAAUGGUAUUAGCCACGUAAGAAUGAAAGGUGGCAGGAGAGCGCAUGCAGCUGUGAACUAUUUUAGAGGGCAAAGCAGCAAUUUGAUAGGACAUAGUAGGAGUCAUGAAAUGCCACCAGAAACCAAAUCAGUCCAGGUCUUACUGCUCUUGAUUCAGCAUGGAGCCAAUGGCCUCAAUCUUUUGGAAGCCGAACAUGUGAUCCUGGUUGAACCAUUGCUUAACCCAGCUGCGGAAGCUCAAGCGAUUAGCAGGGUGCAUCGCAUUGGCCAGACCAAAAAGACCCUCGUCCACCGUUUUGUAGUGAAAGACACAGUUGAAGAAAGUAUAUACAAACUGAAUAAGAGCAGAAGGGGAGAAUCAUUUGUUAGUGGAAACAGAAAGAAUCAAGACCAUCCUGUGUUGACCCUCAAAGACGUCGAGUCCUUGUUAAGAGUUGCCCCCCCAUCCACGGAUCAUAACCCGUCUGCUGGGAGCCUGAUGCAUUUGCCACCAUCUGAAGCUGCUGCCAUUGCUGCUGAGAAGAGGCUAGCCAGUCAAUCGUUGGUAUAAGCCACCCACAUUUUUCUGGGGCGGGGUGGCCGAAUCAAAUUUUAGUCAGCCCCAACAUUAUGAAAUAAGUAUAUGAUCCAUGUAACAUAGUGCUUUGUUUGAUACUAUUAAUAGGUUCAGCGUUUUUUUUUUUUUUUGUAAAUUACAGUCAGCAUUUUCAUUAGAAAUGAGGCGAUAGGUGGAAUAUUUUUGUUUUAUCUCUAGUAGUUUGACUUUCACAGUUUGAUGUUCUCAAUAUAAGUCUUUGACCAACAUUA